UGUCUUGUUUACGUCUCACUUACAUUCGUUGUCCAGGAAAUGAGUGGGGUUUCCUGUACCUGGAUCCUGGUGAUGGGCCCCAGGGUGUGAGCAGAUUCAGGUUUGAAUUUUUGGCAAGGGUAUUUCAUCGGCAUUCUCCCACUCAGACCUGUCUCAACUUGAAGGAGAGGUUGUUUGUUUCGUUAACUGUGUCCCGUGUGUGAAGUUACUUUGGUGAGUUCCAAGCUGAUCCUCCACUGGUACUGGGCGCCCCUUCAUCCUGAGACCACUCAGCUGCGGAAAAGUGCACCAUCACAUUCCCCUCCGUGGAUCCGAAGGACUUGGGCCGCAAGCAUGUGGUGUGUCCUGCGAGGCUGGAGGCGAGGGCACCUGAGGCCCUGGGGGGUUCAGGGGCGGCAGUGGCCCCCAGGCAUCCGAGCUGCGGCCUCCGGGAGCGGGGACGAAUACAGUCACGUGGUGGUGGGUGCGGGCUCCGCGGGCUGUGUGCUGGCCGGACGGCUCACCGAGGACCCCGAGAAGCACGUGCUGCUGCUGGAGGCCGGGCCCAAGGACACGUAUGCAGGGAGCAAGCGGCUUCUGUGGAAGAUCCACAUGCCCGCGGCCCUCGUGGCCAACCUGUGCGAUGACAGGUACAACUGGUACUACCACACCGAGCCGCAAGCAGGCAUGGACGGCCGUGUGCUGUACUGGCCGCGUGGCCGGGUGUGGGGAGGCUCCUCGUCCCUCAACGCCAUGGUCUACAUCCGCGGCCACGCCGAGGACUACGACCGCUGGCACCGACAGGGCGCCUCGGGCUGGGACUACGCGCACUGCCUGCCCUACUUCCGCAAGGCGCAGAGCCACGAGCUGGGCGCCAGCCGGUACCGCGGCGGGGACGGCCCCCUGCACGUGUCGCGGGGCAAGACCAACCACCCGCUGCACCGGGCAUUUUUGGAGGCAGCACAGCAGGCCGGCUACCCCCUCACCGAGGACAUGAAUGGCUUCCAGCAGGAAGGCUUCGGCUGGAUGGACAUGACCAUCCACAAAGGCAAGCGCUGGAGCGCGGCCUGUGCGUACCUGCACCCGGCCCUGAGCCGCCCCAACCUCACCGCCGAGGCCCGGACCUUCGUGAGCAGGGUGCUGUUUGAAGGCACCCGCGCCGUGGGCGUGGAGUACAUCAAGGACGGCCAGAGCCGCAGGGCUUAUGCCAGCGACGAGGUGAUUCUGAGCGGAGGGGCCAUCAACUCUCCGCAGCUGCUCAUGCUCUCGGGGGUCGGCAAUGCAGAUGACCUCAAGAAACUGGGCAUCCCCGUGGUGUGCCACCUUCCAGGAGUCGGCCAGAACCUGCAAGACCACCUGGAAAUAUACAUCCAGCAGGCAUGCACCCGUCCCAUCACCCUCCACUCAGCACAGAAGCCCCUGAGGAAGGUCCAGAUUGGUCUGGAGUGGCUCUGGAAGUUCACAGGGGAUGGAGCCACGGCCCACCUGGAAACAGGUGGGUUCAUCCGGAGCCAGCCUGGGGUCCCCCACCCAGAUAUCCAGUUCCACUUCCUGCCAUCCCAAGUGAUCGACCACGGGCGUGCCCCCACCCAGCAGGAGGCUUACCAGGUGCACGUGGGGACCAUGCGGGCCACGAGUGUGGGCUGGCUCAAACUGAGGAGUGCCAACCCCCAGGACCACCCUGUGCUGCAACCCAACUACUUGUCAACAGAAGCCGACGUUGACGACUUCCGCAGAUGCGUGAAGCUGACCAGGGAAAUUUUUGCACAGGAAGCCCUGGCGCCGUUCCGGGGGAAAGAGCUCCAGCCAGGAAGCCACGUGCAGUCAGACAAAGAGAUAGACGCCUUUGUACGGGCGAAAUCGGACAGUGCCUACCACCCCUCGUGCACCUGUAAAAUGGGCCAGCCCUCCGAUCCCAUGGCCGUGGUGGACCCACAGACCAGGGUGAUUGGGGUAGAACACCUGAGGGUGGUGGAUGCAUCCAUCAUGCCCAGCGUGGUCAGUGGCAACCUGAACGCCCCCACGAUCAUGAUUGCAGAGAAAGCGGCCGACAUCAUCAGGGGGCGGCCUGCACUCUGGGACAAGGAUGUCCCUGUGUACAAACCCAGGACCCUGGCCACCCAGCGUUGAGGCUGUCACUGCCUGAGAAGCCCCUUGACUAGCAGGAGGGCCAGCACAGCCCUUACUCCCUGUCCUGAAAUUAUCUAGAAUGUUAGGA